CCGUCUUCCCCCACCCCUGUCGAGCGCCGCCACGUGACAGCGACAGCCGUCCCUCCACCGAUCCGCCCUUCACCCAGUUCAUCAAGGCAUUCGCACAUCCCACCGCCUUUCACCAUGCCACCCCGCGCCUCGAAAGACGUCAGCACACCCAGCAAGACGGACGCAUGGAAGUCGCUACUCCGCUUCACCUCGAGCCGUGCGCGCUCGUUCUACGCGGAGCACAUCCGUGCGCUGAUUCGCAUCUACGGACUGCGCGGGAUCGGCGACGAGAAUGGCCUCAGACUUCUGCACGAUAUCCUGUUCACUGAUCCUACUUGCGUGAAGCAUUUCGCACAAUUUCAGCACAUGUGGGAGCACAGGAAUGAGCGUAAAGGCCCGCACUUCGUCUGGUGGAGCGGGUUCCGCAGGUUCGUCAGUGACUGCUGCGAUAAGACGCGCACUGCUGUUAAUGCUAUCGCCGUCGAGGCACCGGAGACGGAGGGUGAGAACGAGGGAGAGGCGACGACGGUGAAGGAGCCCAAGGUGAACUUCUGGAGUCCGGCGGGAGCCAGCGGCACGAUUGCGGGAGGCAAACAGUCCGAGGAGCAGGUUCAAGAUCCGGUCAAGCGUGAGGAUAGCGAAGCGCCCGAACCCAAGGAGACGAAGCAGAAGUGGUACCCACUCCCUCCGAAGCUCUUGCCGCCGCCGAUCCCCGAGAAGGGCGAGGCGCCCGGGGUCGCUACACACCUCGUCCUCUUCCCCGCCAGCGUCCCCAGCGCACCCAUCACUACCGCCAUCGACACCCCCUUCAUCGCAGUAAUCGUCGACCCCGACCGCGACGGCCACCGCUCCCGCCACGGCAUCCCAGACUGCUACGACCUCUUCGACAUUUACGCGCGGCGGGCGCUUUCGUCGCUCCCCUCACUUAGCAUGCAGUGUCUCUUCGACGCCGUGUCCGCGCUCUGCAGCACGCGCCGCGCGCCCCGCGCCUUCUACGGCUGCGUCGUCCAGCCGCUCGAGACCUCCGGCUCCGGCUCCAUCACCGACGACCGCGGGAACAUCAACGCCGCCGACGAGGCGCUCGCCCGCAGCGUCGGCGCGACGUAUAACUUCUCGUAUACCAACGAUACCACCCUGCUGUGGAACGACAGGACGGUCGGCACGUUCUUUUCCCUCGCUACGUACGCGCCGCUGUGGGUCAUCGUCGUUCUGCGACGGGAUCCGAUCGCGGGCCGCGGGGAUACCCCUCCAAGGGGAGCGCAGGUCACGUUCACGCCCACGGGCAAGCUCAUCGUUGCGCCGGAGCUGCCGCCCGCUCCGCCAGUUUGGAAGAAGCAGAAGAUGUACAGGGAUAUCGAGCAUGUCGGCGAGCGGAUCCGCAGGCUGCAACAGGAGUCCAGACGCUUGGAGGAGCAGGCGCAAGAGUACGGCUACGACGAGGAUUUUUGUUUUCCACACGAGCCGGAGUAUGGGCCUGGAUUCAGCAAGGAGGAGCAUCGCAGACGGAAGAGGCGCAAGAUUGAGAGCAAGGCUGUGGUGGAGGAGCUGUGGGAGCUGAGGAAGGAGGCAGAGGACGAGUAGAAGAGCGGUGGUGCUGGUGGAUGGCAUGGGCAUUGGAGAAUUUGAGAUGGAGGGCUGGAGCAGAUUACGUCAUGGCACUGUUUUACCACGAGUGGAAUCUGAGCGAGAUCAUGCGAAAAGAGAAUCUUAGUAGUUGUUUGUAC